UUCGUUAAUAAAGAAUUGGUGCUGUUCUCGAAUUGUGAUAAUGAACGUUCCAUUCCGAGUUUGGUCGAUGGGCUGAAGCCGGGACAGCGAAAGGUGCUGUUCACAUGUUUCAAACGGGCCGAUAAAAAAGAGGUGAAAGUGGCGCAGUUAGCGGGUGCAGUUGGAGAGAUGUCUGCGUAUCAUCACGGAGAGGUGCGUGAUAUUGCUUGCUUGCCUUCUCUUUGCUUGACUUCGCAAGAUUACGUUGGUUCGAAUAACAUCAAUCUUUUGCUGCCAAUCGGACAGUUCGGUACACGUUUACAAGGCGGAAAGGACAGUGCGAGUCCACGUUACAUCUUCACUCAGCUGAAUCCAGUCACAAGAGCGUUAUUCCCGUUGGUGGAUGAGCACGUAUUAAGAUUCUUGUACUGUCCAAUCAUACCAAUGGUUCUGGUGAACGGUGCAGAGGGUAUCGGAACAGCGUGGUCAACGAAAGUACCGAAUUACAACCCGAGAGAGAUCGUUGAGAAUAUUCGGCGAAUGAUUCGCGGAGAGGAACCGAGGCCUUUGGUACGUACGGUCGUUUAUUGCGUAUUUUUAAGUUGA